AAAAAAGAAAAGCUAGUGGUCGUCCUCAAAAAGAAGUAUGGAAACAUUUUGAACAAAAACCUCUUAAGUCUCCUGAAGAACAUUUAGCAAAUAAUUGCCAAAAAGUUCUACAAUAUGUUAGUUCAUUUUAUAUAGAUUUAGUUUCUUCACGUGAUUUUGGAAUUGAAGAUAAUUUUAUACCUUUAUCAAAAAAUAAUAAAAAAAGAAAAUAUCAAAAUCAUCAAGAUAUAACGGACUGGUUUGAACCAGAAAAUAUACUUCCUUCAAAAACUGCUUCUAUUACUCGUGCUCUUGUUUGA